CGAAACCAACAUGCUGAGUUUUCAUUGACUUCUUUGGCAGGGGGGAUGCUGUAAUAGAACACUGGAAUUGACAUUUGGUUUGAUCUCCCGGCAUGGCAAUUAAAACAAUGGGGAAAGUUUCUUAAAUUCCCCCACCUCUGUCCACCCGGCAGUAAGUGUUCACCAUCGUUAGUCUAUCGGCAGGCCCCGUGUGACGGGGUAAAGGAUGGGCACUCCCGCAUCUUUCAAGUCAUCUGGCCCGUGUGGAGGAGUAGGCCAAAUUACCAUCGAGCGGUGCUUGCUGGAGCUCCCAUCAAUUGGAGGCCCUUCAGCCCAGCAGUGACGUGAGCUAUCAAUUGCAGGGCUGCACCUUUACCAUUACCUUCGGCAGGUUCAUGCAGCUUGCAAUAACAAGCAAUUACACAUAUCUGAUGGGAGGUGAGCUCAAAGAUCCCUGCUACACAGAGAGCAUUAUCUUCUUCCAAAGGGCUCUGCGAAUGCUCUUGGGCAUUUGGAGUGUGCUUGUUCUUGUCAUUAGCAUUACUUUACCGCGACGCAGAGGAACGUGGGGAAUAGAAUAUUCCAAAUCCGGUAAACGGUAGUAUUUUAAGUCCGUCUCGGCUGAAUUCUAUCACCUAUUUAAUAACAUUGAUUGGGACCGGCUGCGAUCACAAGCGUUCACUAAUUUCGUGCUCAUCCAGCUUCGGAUUUGGAGUGCGUUUCGUGAAGAAUAAAAUAAAAUGAUCGUGCCACUAUAUACAGUGGCCCAGGGUCCGGGCGAUUGGAUUUUGAUCAUAUUCCACAUUAGCUUUGCAGUGUCCACCACGAUCGCCAACUGCCUCUUGAUUCUGGCCAUCGUGAGCUCGGCGAAGCUCCGAAAGAGGAACAACUUCCUCUACACGCUGAGCAUCACCAUCACGGACCUAAUCGUCGGAUGCGGCUGGUUCUACAACGGGACCUACUUGGUGCUGGAGAGCCUCUCUGGCGGCUAUGACGCUGCGGGGAUCUUCCCAAUGUUCCACGGCAUCUCGCUGCUGACCCUGAUGGCAGCCAUGGUGGACAGGUACUACGCCGUGCAGUACCCGUUCGACUACACGAAAAACAUGACUCGCACCAAAGUGCUGACGAUCAUCGCCGCCACUUGGCUCAUGUCCAUCGCCAACACCGUGAUCAAAACGGAGAUCCCGAAAUGGGCCGUGUUUAUCUACCACUCUUACUGCUCGCUGCUCGGGAGCAUCGUGCUGGUGUUCGUGAUGGCCUGCCUCAACGUGCACCUUUACUUGGUCACCAAGCAACAGCUCAGUCGGGAGAAACAAACCGACGGCGAGGCCAAGAGGUCAUCGCACCUCAUUAUCAUCACGUCCGUGAUGUUCAUAAUUCUCUGGACGCCCAGCCUCAUGUACUGCGGCUUCUGCUUUUACAUGGGAUUGUGCUACAGCAUCCCUUACAAUGCCGUCCAGCCUUACAACAUCCUUCGGGUCCUCAACACGCUCACGACGCCUAUCGUAUUCCUGUGUGGAAGUCCGCUGACGAGGGCUUCGCUCAGGAAUAUUUGGGACCGCGUGACCUGCAAAAGUGCCAAAGUGGAGCCAGAUGACAUCAAUUCACCCGUUGUGUAUGUGAACCACUGAAGACACCACGACCGUAUAUAGCCUCUGGCUACCUUCGGAUCGUGACACUCAAAGAUAUCGGGGGAGCUGCACUUCAAGGAAGAUGAAUGUAAUUCCUUGAUAUGAACAUGGUAAGGAAAACAAUGGUGCGGAUUUUAUAUACGAAUAUGAUUGCGAGUAAAAGACAGAGAAUGUUUGCUGAAAGAGCACUUUGAAAAGGGUGUAUAAUUAAACAGUUAUCACUCAUUAACCCAGCUCGGUUGUGUAAUUUCCACGUUCAACUGGAGUGCACAUGGUAAAUGUAUUUAAGUGCAACCCCCCCCCCCCAAAUUAACUAAAGUAAAGUCAGAAUUCACACCGUGUGUUCAGGUAUAACUGAGGGGUGUCUUUGGAACAAACAAGUUGAUAACCCACACGUGUUUUUGAAAGAUAAGUGAGGCUUCCUUCAUUGUAACAUUUUACAAUCCAGACGUAAUAAUUGUUUUUUUUGUACCUUCUCCUGAUAGAUCAGUGUUCUUCACACAUUUAUAUAGGGGGGGGGGGCACUUUAGACCAUAAGCUGUGUGAGGGCAGCCACACAUUUGAAACCAUUGGGUUUUCACACGUUGUGUCCUGACGAGGACGGCACGCCAGGGGUCACACGAAAGGCCACCAGGGGCCGCCUGGUGUCCUGUAGCACUGCUUUCGAUGUUCAUAUGAUGAAUUGAAUAAAUACUUGAACAAAAAAAUCCACUUAAUCGGCCUACUCUGAACAAAAGCCUGCCUACUGGACAAUGUUUGAGGGUUAUCUAGUUCUUGUUUUAUUUCCAGGACACCACUUAGUUGUUGGCAAAUAAAGAAUGCUUAAAAUUAGUCGUUGAAAUAUGCACAAAUACUGGGCAAUUGUAAUGAUGAGCUAAAAUCCAAUUAUUUAUUUUACGAAAAAAUGCAUCAAUUAUGUUUCCACGUAAUUUAAUACAUGCUUUACUUAUCAGCAUCGCAAAUGACGAAAUAAAGUACUAUUGUGCACUCGUGCUAUGUGUGUGCCCUUUAUUAGGCAUGUAACUAUUCACCUUCUCACCCCUACGCCCACGUUGUGGAGGCGCGUAGCCGCAGUGGCUGCAGGGGUCACGUGAACCCAAGGCCCACAUAGGUCACCAAUUGCGCCUGUGAGCAAAAGAGCCCAGGACCGCCGGAGUUCAUGAGACCUCAGAAGCUAAGCAGCUAUUGAGCCUGGACAGUGCAUGGACGAGCGCAGCCACAUGGACGGAAGUAGAGGGUGGUGCAGAACCAUCGAUUGUUGUGCUGUACAUCUAUGAUUCCCCACCCACCUUCACGAGCCUGUUAGUUUGAUGUUCGAUGCAGGGGUUUUAGAGAUUCUCUUCUAUAUUUACACUCACUAUCCUAAUCAAGGGACAAAAACCUCAACACCAACAAUAAUCUCAAGAGGUAACAAUGUAUGGUUUGAGCAUACGCAAUUGCGGCUAAUUAUGGCACGUGAUGAUUAUUUAUUUCGGCGAGCCAAUGCUGCUCACGCUUUGCUGUUGUUUUAUCCCCCCAAGCUUAAGGUGCAUGGGGAUUCCAAGUAAUUAGAAAAAGACAUGUGUAUAUAAUUAUAUCACGUGCUUAUCAAAUAUAAUUAUAGCAUGUGUAUAUAUAGGAAUGUGCCUGUAAUAUCCCACACCUCCCAUUAGCACGGUUGACUAUGUACGGUGCGAAAACAUUUUCACACACACACAUAUAAUUGUAAUUGGUAAAAACGCCUCUGACCACAUGGAAUAAACUUGUUCGCACUUACUGUUGUUGUUAGUUUCCGAAGGAUUAAACACUGACUAUGUUACUCAUGGGGGUGGAGCAUUGGCGAGGUGGCUCGUGGCACUCCACUUUGCAUGCAGCCACCUCUUGCGUUCCAUCACUGGCCGUGGCCAGCAUCGACGGCGAGUGAUGUCUGAACCGGUCCUGAGGCAGUGCCCUUCACCAACCUGCACUGACCAGCGCGGUGAAAUGUGAACAAAACAAUCACGGUGACCGACACGGCAUCGGAAGGCCAUCGUCAAGCGGCGGAUGGACAGAGACGCUGUGCUGUAGCAUCGCGUUAUUCCACUCGUCAGCCUUGUGAAGAAGCCGGGCGAUAAUGUCUCGAUCGCGUGUCAUGAUUGGCAACGAAGGGCCUCGUGAGCAAUGUAUUCCUGCUCGUAGCUCGAUUAAUCAAUUAAGUCUAUUCAUCGGAAAAAAAACAUAUAUAUAAUCAAACACGCAUUUUUGAUCGAUUACUCAGGUCCUCUUUAAAAAUGUCAGCUGCCCCCCCCACCCCCCCACGUGCUCCCUCCAGAAGGCUGGAA